UUGCACCGCAGCUAGAGCGCCUGGUGGUCAGUGGGAGGCGGAGCUCCACAGUUCCGUCCGAUUCAGCCGCAGCGUUUCUCCGCCGGGUGUCUCGCCGCAGCCUCCAGAGAGGAGUUGGACGCUCACUCCUGUCAGAAAAAUGUCUGCUCCAGCUCAGCCACCCACUGAAGGGACAGAAGGGACUGCCCCUGGUGGGGGUCCCCCUGGCCCUCCUCCUAACACGACCAGUAAUAGACGACUACAGCAAACCCAGGCACAGGUGGAGGAGGUGGUGGACAUCAUGCGUGUGAAUGUGGACAAGGUCCUGGAGAGGGACCAGAAACUAUCAGAACUGGAUGACCGAGCUGAUGCCUUACAGGCGGGAGCAUCGCAAUUUGAGAGUAGCGCUGCCAAGCUAAAGAGGAAGUAUUGGUGGAAAAACUGCAAGAUGAUGAUCAUGCUGGGAGCUAUCUGUGCCAUCAUCGUGGUAGUUAUUGUAAGAGUUGGCUGCCAAGGGGAGGAAGAAUAACUGAGGUCAAGUGCCCAAGAAGCUGGUAAGGUUGUCGGGGAGAAGAAGGGUAUUGGUGUCCAUGUGUGUCUCCUAGAAAGGCCAGGUCUCUGGCAGGAGGGGACCAUGAAUAGUUGGGAAGUGGUGGCUUGCUCAGUGCUGCACUUGCUAGUUUUUCCUCCUGUGCCAGGCCUUUAGAGAGCCCUGGGGUUCUGUCCAAAGGCCAAUCUGGUCCCAGUGCAGUACCCUUUUAGAAAAUCAAAUCUGUUUUUUGCAGUUAUUGCUAAUCUUUCAGCCCAAGAUUUUCUGUCUUUCAGGAAUCUUGUAGUCUUUUACUUUGUUCUCUAUUAGCCUGGAAAACAAGCACUUGUUGAUUACAAAACUACCAGGAGACUCUCAUUUCUAUCCUACAAGCAGACCUAUUUGCUUCUAACUGGAAGGAGCUGUCUCUCUUUGAUGUUUUCUGCAGCAUUCUAUAUUGUUCAUGAGGGCAUCAAAUAAUUGCAACUAGCCAGAGUUUGGUGCUUGUGAUUUAUUUUAAUUACUGGAAUAAAGAGAGAAUACCUGUUAUAGAGAAACAGUAAGUCAAGGGCCUAAUUUGAGAAUAACAGGCUUUCAGGAAGCCACUUCUUGCCCUCUCUUUAAAGAAGGUCCCGUUUCUCCCUUCCUGUUGAUAAAGAAAUGUGAGGCUGCUAGAGGUAAGGUCCUAGACUCCCAUAGAAUUCUUUUCUCCACACCAUCCCUGUGAGCCCUGGUUGAUUAUAAAGAUUUAGAGAAGUCCAGUAGAUCCACUAACUCAGUCUUGGAGUGGGAGGGUUGAGAGUCUGUGACAGGUGUAUUUUUAUAUUGUUAUACUAUCAUGGGCCCCUUGCGUCUGGAGCCACCUCUCUGUUCUUUCUGCAGUAUGCUCCCCUUCUGAACUGCCCUCACCCAUCUGAAUCCCACAUUGCUUCCUGUCUUUCUCUUCUUUGCUUGCUUUGUGUGCAUAGACAUUGGAACCUGAGGAUGGGAGCUGCUUAGCCUAUCUUGGGGACUACUGCUGAACUUCAGGAUAGCAUAUUACAUGGGAUAAAACUGAGGUGCUAGGGGAGGAGGGAAGGCUGGGAACAGGAAGGGGAAGACCCAUAGCAGUGUUUCCCUCUGUCCUCUGGUCCACAAUCAGAAAGAGUCUGAGGCCAUGCUGGGCUGGGUGUGAAUGCCCGCUUUCCAUGCAGCAGCAUUUCAUUGUGCAAAACCAUACUUCCUUUCUUUUUGCCCCCUUUCCCAUAUUUCCUUCGUCCUGCCUAGGGCAGGACUGAAGAGCUGGAAGAAAGCAGUCAGUGUACCCUCCCAGCGUCCCCCUCGAAGGUCUCCACUCUCCUCUGGGCUCCUCCUUGCCUAAUGCAGGGGGUCACCGCUGGAGAAGAACCACCACUAUCCAAGAUGUGUCCCCAAGCCUGGAGCAAAUUCACCCUCUUGGCCCACCCAACCCUAUCAUGGGAAUUAUUUUCUGGGUUUCUGUCCCUCUUGAGGCUCACCAAGUAUAGUUGGCUUUGCUCUUUUGGGGGUAAUAUCCCUUCUUUCUUUCUCAUCCCACCCUGACUCCUCUUCUGUGUCUUUGCUCUCCCACUUCCCUCCCACCACCCAUGUGCAUGAGCAAAUAUGCAACUAAACCCCGGGACUCUGCAGUCAAAUGAAGCCGAGUUUCCCACAUCCCUUUCUUCAGUUUGCCAUGAGAUGAUGUGGGGUUUCCACUGUGUGUCUGUCAUUACCUCUUUGUCUUUUUUCCAAACCCCAAUCUCAUACUUGUAUAGAGUAAUAACAGUUGUACUUCACCAAAGGCAUGUGGCAUAUUUACCAAUUUCAUGUAUUC